AAAGGCAAUCGUUAUUGCACCGGAGGGGUAGGUGGCCCAAUAACUUGUCUCUUCCCUGACUCCUACCGUCACCGAAUUCAGAUGUGGUGGUGGACUGGUGGCGAUCACCGAUCACUUGGGGACCGACACUGUUACACUCACUUACACUCCCCGUCCGAGGAGGAUGAAUAUGGAAGGAAGAACCAGUAGUAGUAGCUAGUAGCUAGUACCAUGAAAAAUGUCAUCAUCGGAGUACCACAAACCACAAACACAAUCCUCAGUACCCACAACCACACAAACUGUUCAUUAUCAUUAUCAUUGAUUGCUGCCUGUUAUUAAUCCAAACUCACUCAUUCAUUCACUCAAUGCUGUCCACAACCAUUACAAGGGCUUUCCUCUCCCUCUCCUCCACACUCCCACGACACGCCGCCGCCACGCGCACUAUGUCCACCACCACCACCAAAACGCCUCUCAGAGGCGUCGUUUUCGACAUGGACGGCACCCUCACCAUCCCCGUCAUCGAUUUCCCCGCCAUGUACCGUGCCGUCCUCGGCGACGAUGAGUACCGCCGCAUCAAAGCCCAGAGCCCCUCCGGUAUCGACAUCUUGUCGCAUAUCGACCGAUGGCCUCAACACCAACAGCAACAGGCCUAUGACACCAUCGCUGAUUUCGAGCGCCAAGCUCUUCUUCACCUCCAAAUCAUGCCUGGUGCUGCUGACCUUUGUCGCCUUCUGGAUUCAAAGCAAAUAAGGAGGGGAUUGAUAACACGCAAUGUGAAAUCUGCAGUUGAUAUAUUUCAUGAGCGCUUUGGGAUUACAUUUGCUCCAGCGUUAAGCAGGGAAUUUCGUCCUUACAAACCUGAUCCAGCUCCACUGCUGCAUAUUUGUUCUCUUUGGGAAGUUCAGCCAAAUGAAGUGAUAAUGAUCGGGGAUAGCCUUAAAGAUGACGUGGUUUGUGGAAGGCAAGCAGGAGCAUUUACAUGCUUGCUUGAUCAAACAGGAAGAUACGAUUCUUUCCAUUAUGCAAAUGUUGGUUUCAAACCAGAUUUUAAGGUGACUUCCCUGGCUGAAGUUUACUCAAUUCUGGAGGCAAAUUUUGACUUGUCACUAUGAUGUCAAGUGUCUUUUCACGUGGACCAUUUAUCAAAUCGUGUGGCUGAUGCUAGAAGAUUUGGAGGUGGCUUAUAUCUUGGGGUAGUUUUAUUCCUUGCCCCUUGUCAGGUCAUGAAACAAAUAAUUCUUGAAAAUUUGUGGGUCGGAGGAUUUUACAGGUGCCCCUUUCUAUAGAAUAACGUUGGAACUUGGAUAGAGGUUAAGUUUUACUGUCUUAUUGGGGCAAGUGCUAGGAAAUAACUGUUAUAAGCAUUAAUGUCUGUUGUACUGUAGAUGUUUUCACCUCGGUUUCUUGGUCUUGUAGGUUCUGUUUUAGAUGUUACCUCUCUUUAUUUGGACUCGUUUUGGCCGAUAUGCCUGAUUUUGUGAGACUUCCAAGACAGUCAUCUCCAAAGAAUUGUUAAUUGUGGUAAAGAUUUUAUAUACAACAAAUCAUCAUAUGAGUAAAUGGCAGAAA